AAUCAACAAGUGUCAGGUCUGGUUUUGUUUGUUGUUUAAGUUUAUUUGUAGUUGCACCGCUUACAUAAACCUCCACUUCUAACAUGAUAUUGGAAUGAACAAUUAUAAACUGAUUGACUGUACAGUGUCUGCUAAUUGACUUGCAGAUAUGCGGUUGCUAUUGCAAACUUGGAAUUUCAAUUAAGAUGAUCUAACUGUAUUACAGCUGCAUAACAAAUGGGUGUGACAUAAAUAACGUUAGUUUCUUUUCAUAUGUUCCACUAUUUAUUCGCUGAUUUCCAACAUGUUAGAAGACCAAGAUAGACGGAGUUGUUCUAGUUAUAUACAAUCUUAUUGGGAAAAUUUGUGUUCCUGUUUAAGAGCAAAGCACUCUGUCCAUCCUGUGGACACUGUAACACCGGAAUUUUCUGAAUUUGUGGUAAUAAAUUCGAGAGUACGUCUACGGUGCAUUCACAUCCUGCCAGACGUACCACGUAAAUCCAAAACUUUAGAAUUUUAUAAUGAACAAAUGAGGAGUAACCGAAGUUCAUUAUCGGAAGAGUAUUGGUUCACCAAAUGGAACAAGCCGCACAAACCCCAACGAGUUGGUAGCUGUAACUGUUCUUUCAGGAAAUCUCUGAGACUUUCUACAUUAGCUAGUCAAGAUGUGAAUAUCAUCGAUAAACCUCCAAGGGCAGCUUUUCAUGAAAAGACAGCUAUUAGAAUAACAAAUGUUGAAACUUUUGUUGAAAGAUUGCUUCAUAAUACAAUAAUUGAAGCACUUCAGGAGUAUUAUAUGAUGGAAUCCCUCAAAAGAAAUACAUCUGGUGUCAUCAAUUUGGCAUUCACAUUGAACGAAGAUGGUUUGAAAUCCGAAAGUCACCAGGGGAUCGAAACCAGUGAUACCUCAAUUUCUAAUAAGGAUAUUAAAGGGGAGAGUAGAGUUCUGCCUGGAAAAGAACUCGAUGCCAACAAUACUCAAGACUUCAGACGUUGUAGACACAAUAGAAGAAUAAAGAAAUCAUUGGUGUUUCUUUUUCAUGGUAUGGGAACAUCUGCCGACAUAUGGUGGCUGGUAAUUAAAAGCUUAGUUAAUAAAGGUUAUGAAGUAGUAGCCCCCGAUAUGUUAGGCCAUGGUUAUAGCUCUGCCCCAGAUAAAAAAGACGAUUAUUCCUUUCAAAAUUUAUUACUACAUGCCCUCACCAUAUUUGAUAAUUAUACGAAUACUGAAGAGAAUCGGAAAUGCAUACUCAUCGGACAUUCCUACGGAUGUAGCUUUGUAACUGCCUUGUAUCAUCAUAGAGCUUCAUACAUCUCUAAAAUUAUACUAAUAAGUGGCGGAGGACCUACACCAUUAGCACCCCCAGUUCAACAAGAUGAAUUGACUCAUUCUGAAUACUUCCAAGCUUUAAUUGAACCUCUCAUUUUUUGUGGCGUUAAUAGAAGUGUAUUUUACCCACCUAGAGGGAAAUUCUUUGAUAUUUGCGAGGGAUACGAAGGAGCCCCAAGGCACAUAUUAGAAUUUGUUAGAAUGGGGCAGAGUUGGCCUGGCGGGGAUGCUGCGUUUCAUAGAAGAAUAUUCGUUCCCACACUUUUGGUUCAUGGUCUUCAGGACAAAAUGGUCACUUUGGUGCAGGAGUGCGAGAUGGAAAGAACAAUACCUCGAUCAUUUCUCGAAUUGAUACCAAAUGCAGGUCACAUGCCAAUGAUGGAGACUCCAGAGCAUUUAACACAUAUGAUUCUCUGCUUCUUUGAUUGUUGGCCUUGACUUGUUCAAAAAAUUAUGACUGAAAAUUUUCAUACGAUACCAUUUUGUUAUAAUUGUCCAUAAAAAGUAUUAUAAUCGCAUUAUUCUCAAAAUGUGUUAACUUGUUUCUAUUAAGCUAAGAUUCGAUUAUCACUGAGCUUUUUGAUGAUUUUCAAAGACUAAAACAGUUUGACAAAAAUUUUUAGGAUUCUCAUCACAUCAUGCAUUCAUUCCAUUAGAAUUAUUUGAAUAUUCCAUAUUGUUAACUGUUUUUCUAAGAGAAAAGAAUUUGUGUUGUAAUUGAAAAACUUAAGUGUGGCACAAUUUUAUUGUUCAUCCUAAGACUGUGAUAAGAUCAUGAAUCAAUAAUUUUAUGUACAAAAUCUCAUAUACGUAUUAUUUAUUCUGUAAAAUACAUUUAUAAGUAACUGAAAUAUUUUAAUAUGCUGUGAAUUACAAAAUGUAUUGGAAGAUCUGAAGUAUUCGGUAGCAUCAUGUUGCUCCAUUUCCAACUAUUUCUGAUAUUUUUGGAGGAUUAUAUGUAAUAAAUAAAAUAUACGAUGAUUA